GUCAGAGGAUGCGCCUUCUGUUGUACCAAAGAAAGGGCGUACGAGUACAAAUACGACUACGAAUACAACACAACCAACUCCUACAUCAAGGGCGUCUGAAGCGCAAGCAAGGGGUCGUGCAUCAAGUUCUAGAACUAGUCUUGCAAACGCAAAUGGUGCGGUCCGUGCGGUCGCUCCUUCUACACUGACGACCCCUACAGACACGGCAUCCAAGGACGUGGAACAGCAGUCUCUUAAGAUCCUUGAGUCUGCAGCUAAUGCACAGUCUCCUAGGAUCUUCGAAUCUGCUGCUACUCCGGAUGGCGGUGUAACAGCAGCUACUCCAGACAAUUCGGCUGCCGUGCUUGAGGGUGGACAGUCACUAUCUUCUGGUCGAGGACGACAGUCGUCUGCACGAAAGAGAAGCGCGUCUCCUCCUACUUUACUUUUGCCUCCGUGGAAUACCAGCGUCAAGGUUCCAGUCUCAAAGGUUGGAAAGCUUGCAAUUUCGCCUGUUCCUCAAGGUACAACUGUGGAUCCUAAGACGCCUCGUCCGGAAUCUGAAGUGAUGCCGCCUGGGUCUCAAGACUAUGCACCUUUUUCUCCCCGUGGCCAUGAGGCUGAGUUUCAAAAUGCCCUUGAAAAUAGUGGUCCUGUUGGAGCCAAGUAUGCUGGCUUAUCCCCAGAAGAACGGGAGGCGAAGAUUCAAGAGGUCACUGACAGAUUGUUUGUUCCACCUGCGAGGAAACGAUCGCCUCCUGGGAGAACUGGAGGACCUGGAGAACCUGGCGAUACAGAUGGAGCAAAUGUUAAGCCUGCUAUUUCAGCCGCAGACCAGAAAAAAGCAAUGGACCGGUUGUCUGGCGGCUUGCCUGCAGUACCUCCUAAAGAAAAAGCUGAAGAACAAGAAAAAGGUGAAGAAGAAGCGAAAGCCAACAUUGCUGAGAACAAUACACUAGCAAGUGGCGAAGGCUCGGGUCGAUCCAACGAUUCUGACAACGCUGGAGAAGAGAGCGGAAUCAGUGCUGGAGGUUCUAAAGAAAGUGGUCCGAACUGGGAUGAGUUCAUCGAAGCGGAGAUUAACCAAGAAGAUGUUGAUGGCAAUGAUGUUGAUGGCAAUGGUGCUGAGGGUGAGGGCGAUCCUAGCAAUGUCGAUCCCAAAAAUUCUCUAUCCUCUCGCGGACCAAGCAAGAGAGCUGGCUCUGCAGGUGCUUCUCCAGAUGCUAUUGCUAAUGGUGACCAUGCAUCGAGGAAAAUGUCCACCGCAUCGGAACUACAGUUGAAAAAUUCCCUCUCUCGUGGUCUAGACUUCAAACCUGGAAGACGCGCUUCGGAAAUUGUCUCUCCUGGCCUCACUUCUAAGGUGUCCUUCAAAAACGCCUUCAACGCGGCAACGUAUCGGAAUUCGUUCCAACGCAGAGCGAUCGACGCAGUGUGUUUUGACCAGGAUAGUCGAUGCGGUGACUCUCCUGCAUCGGCGAGACACAAGGACGACAGGGAGACUGAAAAGAAUGAAAAUGGCGAUAACGAAACAGAUGGUGCAACUCUAAAGAAUGUAAAUGAUGCUGGCGCCGCUGAUGGAGACCAGGAUAAGCCGCGAAAGGCUGGCAUUGCAGCAACGGUUCGUGCUUCUACACCCGCUACUUUUACUCGUGUGUCGCAGCAUUUACGACAUCUUCAUGCUAAACCGGCUUUGGCUAAACGUGCGCAGAUGGUCCAUGCAAUCACUGAGAUGGACUUGCUUUUCCAACAUCAGCGUCAACACGAGGACAAGCUACGUUCCGAAAACAGCGCAUUGUUGCAUCACUUGCCUGCUGCCUUAGCCGCAGUGGUUCGCAAAGAACGAGCUGCGUUGAAAGACACGGUGCUCAAAAGUGCCAACGGCUAUCUCUCUCAACGAGAACGAUUGCUGAGACGAAAAUUGAAGAUCCACCACAAGCUCGAGCAGCUCAAAUUUGAAAGCACCGACCCAGCGCAGGUUGCCAAGAUGAUGAAAUACAAGCAGGACCAAGAAAAAGUGCAAGAACACGAACGUGCCAUGUUGGAGAAAGAGUUGCUGGACCACGCAGAAAACACGCGUGAGGAAGCGAUCGAACUGACGCUGGGAAAAGACGAGCACAACGCUUUCUUGGCUCAUGAACAGGAUGUGGAGCAGUACAUUGUGAAACACGAUCCCCUGUUGAGUGCAGGAGGAGGCCACACAGCGCCAACUGGGAUGGAUAGUGCUGGCGUGGGAAGCACUCCUUUGUUGGAGCAGGGAAAACUCUUUUUGAUGGAUGAAGAAAAAACUGGACGAGAACAACUGCAACAGGCAUCAACGGCAGGAGGAGGAGCCUCCUCUCCGGCCGCUUCUUCUAAAACAGUAACAGACACACCUAAAAAGAAGUUGAACAAAAAAAGCAUCUACACUGUUACUGUAGGUCGCGGGAGCAACCAUGGGUUGGCUGGUGCUGGUAAACAGGCUGGUGCAAAAGGAGUCUCCGGAGGCACAAAAAUGAAGAAACGUCUUUCAUCUGGUACUGGAACAAAAGUACGAUCUUCUAAAACCAAGGAUAGAACUUCCGCUUUGGGCCUCAGCAAGGAGUUGCAACCGAUCCUAGAAGGAGAGCAUGGAUCGCCUGCACCAGCUCAGUUGAAAAGCAAGGUAAAGGGUCGUAAAAGCCGUAAAUCUACUACAACUAGUGCUCUGAAGAACAAAACGAGUUCUAGUAGUGCUAGUGCAGCAAACGCUGCUCAGUUACAUUAUCCAGAACAAUCGGCACGCGCUUUUGAUUCUGACGCUAGUGCUACUGAAUUCGAAGAUGAAGAGUCAUCUUCAAACUUGGGUACAAGUACUACUAGUACUUCUAAAGUAGAUUUCAACAUCUCAUCCUAUCGCUUUGCGCCGCCACGUCGUGUCGUGUCCACCCUUUGCACAGUCGACGCUACUCGAUCUUCUUCCGUUCCUCGCACGAUCCGUUUCGUGGAGCCAGACAAUGGGUCAAACGGCUCCUCGAGUUUUUUCUUCGUACCCGAAAGUGCCAGCAUGGCUUCUAUGGGAGGUAUCAUGGAUGGUGCUGCGGCGACUGUGAAGAAGAUGAGUGAAGCAAAAAAUGAGGAUACGGAAGAAGAAGAUCCAAGAAAUCGUAGAUCAACGACUUCUCAAGAUGCUCCAGAUGCAGGUCUUGAUGAGGUUGAACAAGAUGAACAGGAAGAUGUAGAUGGAGAGAAAGAUACAAAUAGUAAGAGCCAGAGUCCAAAUAGAAAGUCGACUGGUAGAAAAUCCACUGGAAAAAGGAAGAAUGGUACGAAAAAGGGCAGAGUCAAUGCUCGAGGACGUAGUCUUUUUCCUUCUGCUGCAGCAACGUUUUCCCCAAGCAACACAUCCUCCAGAUCAGCACGAGCCAGGUCGUUCUCCAGGUCCUACGGCGCUAAAAGCCCUUUGAAUGAGCCGCCAAUGUCGGCUUUCUUGUUCGGACAAGUGAGGCUCUCGCCUUUGGGGGAGUGGGUCGACGCCAGACAAGUGAGAAUUGACGAGAUGCGGGAGCUAAAAAAGCGAAGUGUUUCGGCGUUUCUUUCUACACGUACUGCAAUCUACUUUUCGUCCUUUCCUACAUUUUUUUACUACGUAUUUUUUUUUUGCUAGUCGUAAUUUGUUGUUAUAGCAUGAUACGUAUCUUUUCACACAACAACAUGUAGUAUGAGCGAUUUUUCUUUCAACUGUCACUCCUAAUUGAAGCAAUCUUAUAGGAAAAUCUCUCCUGUACAUCAAGAUCAAUCUUUCGUCCACUACUCAGGUUACACCGAAAUGGAUGGAGGCGUUUGCGGUCUCCAUGAGUUGGCCAAGAAAAUCUCUAUCCUCGAACCAAGAGCCAAGAGCAUGGACACGCGCCUACUCAAACUAGAGGCACAGCAAAUGGGCUUGAUGCAGCGUAGAGAUCGGCUCUUCAGGGACGCGACUGACAGUGAACGGAGCAGGUGUCUGCACCGACUGUCGAAGUUAGAGCUUCAUUGGUUCAAGGAGAUUGAAAGAUUGGAGAAUACGGGAUAUUAAGUUCUGCAUACAACUGGGUACUAGUUGUAACUGCUAUAUGCUGGGUACUAAGACUGCUGUGAAGGGAGCGGCACAGCAAUAGAUACGGACCACAGUAGUUCAUGGAGAGUAGUGGUCUUCGUGUGAUAAUUAAUGACUAGAAGAAUUUCUUUAAAUUUAGUUUUUUGAACAGGUUGGUAGAAUUAUCAGAAAACUCGAAUAUCGCGAAUUAAUAGGAUAAAACAUAGUGCAAGUGGGAUAGAGGAAAAAAUGAACCACGUAUUUUUAUCAUGGGAAACCGAAAUGAAUACUUACUUAUUUUACUUGAAGAUAAAAGAUGGAUCAAUCAAUCAUUCUUCGAAGAACAGAUAUUCCUAUAUAUUAAUUUCUUCUGUAAAAUCAUGAGCACGAUAAUGGAUAUCAUCACGAAUAUUUUGGACAGGAUAGAAGGGUGCCUAGUAUUAAAAAAUGAAGUGCUUAGUUUGUGCAACAAAGGGAUAAUACAGCUACAACACACUGAGUUAGUAGAGGUUUGCAUAAAGUCUUGAACUGAAAAUGAAUAUGGGAAUACUACGUGACUGCAUAUUUAU